AUGAUCAUGGAGAACCCGGAUACGUAUUUGUUCGUUGCGGUCAACGACCCUGGUGAUAAGGCUUCAGGGUCGGAGUUGGCCAGACCGUUUGUCAUCAGAUCGCGAGGUGAAAAGUCACCACCACAGCAUUACGUGUCAAGGACGCCGACGAUAAGGAAUGCACCUAGAUUCGAGCCUGUUCGGGACUCAUUGGAACUGCUGCAAGCUGCAAACAUCCCCGACCAAGCAAGAGUACAGGAAAGCACCACUUCGAACCAACUACCAUCGUGGACCUUCCUCACAGUCGAUCCGGCUACGGCACAGCCCACCAAAUCAGCAAGACACAACAUCCGAGCCCAUGUGGCGAGACGACAGCAUCGACAGCGUCGUGAACAAGAGGCACUGAAGCGUACAGCCUCUGAGAAUGAGGUUCCAAGAAGGGACGGGCUAUCGUCCACAACAAACUCACCACCCAGCCUCCUCUCAAGUCGACGCUCCUCUGCCUCCCGCAUCGAAACUCUGACCAGACCUCCUACCCGCAACACCAAUCCCCCAGCAGCCGUGACCACAUCAAAUAGCACCCUUCUACUAAACCCCUCCGACCCCGCCGACCAACUCCACCUCUACGCCCGCUCCCUCUCCACCAACGUCCCCCAGCUAUGGACCUGCUACCUGUGGCAAGAACGCCAACACGGCCUGCUGUUCCACGCCCAAUUCUCCCGCUUCAAAGGCUGGGGGCCGAAGUACCUGCACCCUCUAAUCCUCACGAACCACGCCAUCCUCGCCACAACGGUCCUCUUCACGGGCUGCUUACUCCGGCACCACGCGGGCGAAACCCCCAUCCUCAGCGACGACAUCCUCGCAUUGCGAUCCAGGACGUACGGCCUCGUGCAAUCCGCCAUCGACGCCGAAUCCUCCCAACUCGCCGACUGCACAAUCCUCGCGGUCCUCAAACUCGCCCUCUUCGAAGCCAUCUUCGGCCAGCUCGAAGCCUACCGCGUUCACAUGCAGGGACUCGCGCGGAUGGUUGCGCUGAGGAAUGGGUGGGAGGGUUUGGGGAUGGAUGGGUAUUUGGCGCAUUUGUUGAUGUGGUUUGAUGCGAAUCUGGCGCGAGCGACGAGGAGUCGGAGGUUUUUGGAGGGGACGGGGAGAGGGGAGCUGGAGGAGGCGAGGGCGGAUGAGGGGGGGUGUUUGUGCUGGGGGUUGAGUUGA